AUGUCGUUUCUCUUUGGAAAAGCAGACUCUUCUGCUUCAAAAUCAGGGUCUAACAUGGCGACGCAGAAUAUCCAGAUUCGCACGCCUGAAGAGGCAGUUGCUCGAAUCGCAUACCUUGCCAGCGACGUCAUUGUUUCCGUACAGCCGUCGCGGGGUCAAGACUCAACAUUCUCUUCCCACCUUAAGAGAUAUGCUGAAAGAAGAGACCCCAACCUGAUCACUAAAACAGAGGGUUCCGUGCCAGAAAUACAAUCUAUUCGACACAAUAACGAUCCUCUCCUCUCCGUCUUUGCUCCAAUUCGCACUGGCCGCCUCACCUCUGUAACCACCACAUCAACCAUUCUCCUCCCUUCCAUUGCGCAUCUGUAUAAACUAGCAAACUAUCCAGUCGUCAUCCAUGUCGCUCUACACCCGGCUAAUUUCCCCGAUUACUCUUCUAUCACCGCCAUCAGGAAUUCAGGAUGGACAUUCUUGCAAUCCGAGUCGCUCCAGGAAGCACAGGACAUGGCUAUUACAGCCCAUGCUUUAGCUGUGCGUUCUGGAAAGGGUGUUAUCCACUUCUUUGAUCCGAGCGCCUGUUCUCAUGAUAAGCCAAUCGCCACGGAAGAUGCCGCAUUAGUCCGCGACCUGUUAAACUUGGACGAUGUUCGCCGAUAUCAAGCAAGCUUUGUCCCAGAGUUCGGUAUAUAUGCCGACGACGGAAGAGUUGUUUACGCAUCGGAGCAGCCCGAAAGACGACCGAGUGCCACCCCUAACGCUUUGGCAGACUCGACUAUUCUUGGCGCUGCCUCGAAAGCAGCUUCUUCAGAAGGCUCAGUCAAAUCCAGCCAGCAAAGCAACUCUAGCGCUCCCCCGAGUGUAUCUUCGGCCACGACAAUUGAUGCUGCACCGCUCCUCGUUACGUCCGAAGACAUUUACAAAUACGUUACCUCGAUAUGGGCUCAACUCAAAGCCGCUACCGGACGUUCUUACAAUGCCUUUGAGUGGUCUGGUCCGGCAACCGCAGAGAAGGCAAUUUUUGUUUUCGGCUCUGACGCGGGCCUGUUCGCCGAGGCGCUCGAUGCGGCCAAGCCAGACGAUAUCUAUGCCAAGGCUGGAUUAAUCACAGUCAGAUUAUAUCGCCCAUGGUUAGGAGCUAAGCUGAUUGAGGCCAUUCCAAAAUCUGUGAAACGCAUUGCCGUCUUAGAACAGAUUUCGCGAAAGACGACGAAAUGGGGACCUUUAUUAAUUGAUGUUCUAACAUCGGUAAAGAGCGGCUUUGGCGGCGUUGAGACCGUCGUUGGCCACCAAUUAGGCUAUAUCACCCCCGAUACUAUCCACCAGGCCUUAAGAGGCAUCUUCCAGAAUCUUGCUUCCGAGAAGCCUCUGCAAAACUUAGAAGUGGGGAAGACGAGUGGUCCGGAGGAUACCAAAGUCUACGGCCUAGAACAACCGAAACUAGAGACCGCUUACACGAAAAUACUCGACCAAUUGUUUGGCAACAGAGCUUACAUAGCAAAUGCCCUCAAUUCUAACAAUGCCGGUGUUUCAUCCACAAUAGCAGCUAGUCCAGAAUUCGGAUUUGGGUCUCUCCUUGCCCGAAAGGAGCACCGCCAGAGAUUCAUCAAGGAGGCUAAACAAGCCGCGAGCACAGGAUCUUUCGUUACUGAAGCUCCGGUGAACUGGUUGGCAAAGUGGGCCGCGAAUGCUGAGGAUGCUAAACAAGCUGGAGAGCUCGCAGAGGAUGUAAUUGCUCGACUUGAAACCGAUGGAUCUUCAAUUGCGCGUGAACUUCUGUCAAGCAAAGGUCUAUUCCGAAAAGAGUCCUUGUGGCUCGUCGGGUCUGACGCUUGGUCAUAUGAUCUUGGUAACUCUGGUGUACAUCAUGUCCUUGCAUCUGGCGAGAAUGUCAAUAUGCUCAUAAUCGACUCCACCCCCUACUCGGAACGAGCUGCAGCGGAUGCCGAAAGGAGAAAGAAGGAUAUCGGACUAUAUGCCAUGAACUUUGGUAAUGCCUACGUUGCAUCAACCGCUGUCUACAGCUCCUAUACCCAGGUCCUCCAAGCUAUGCUCGAAGCUGAUAAAUUCAAUGGUCCUUCAGUUGUACUUGCUUAUCUGCCAUACUUUGGCGAGCACGACUCUCCACUAACCGUUCUACAAGAGACCAAGAAGGCAGUAGACCUCGGCUACUGGCCUCUAUACAGGUGGAACCCCGAGAACGAAGAUAAGGGAGAACCCAACUUCUCUCUGGAUUCCGAGCGCGUUAAGAAUGAGCUGAAAGAGUUUUUGGCAAGAGAUAAUAAACUAACUCAACUAAUGCGACGCGAACCAGUAUUUGCUGCAAGUCUAUCGCAGGAUUUUGGCACAGAAGUUCGCGCACAGCAAAAGCGAAAGGCUCGGGACGCGUACAAUCAACUAUUAGAAGGUCUCUUCGGUGCGCCUCUUACAAUUCUAUUUGCCUCUGACAAUGGAAAUGCACAGUCGUUGGCCAAGCGUCUUGGAACCAGAGGUCGCGCUAGGGGACUGAAGACCGUUGUGAUGGCGAUGGAGGAUUACCCCGUUGAAGAUCUACCAAAGGAAGAAAACAUUGUGCUUAUCACUUCGACAGCCGGCCAGGGAGAAUUCCCGCAGAACGGCAAGCCAUUCUGGGAUGCCAUUAAAGAAAAUACUGAUCUAGAUCUUGCAUCAGUAAACUAUUCGGUUUUCGGUCUUGGAGACAAGCAUUACUGGCCGCGAAAAGAAGAUAGAGUUUACUACAACAAGCCUGCUAAAGACCUCGAUAAAAUAUUCGCAAUUUUCGGCGCCAAAAGACUCACCGAAGUAGGACUAGGCGAUGACCAAGAUCCCGACGGAUACCAGACUGGAUAUGCGCUCUGGGAACCCCAAAUAUGGCAAGCACUCGGUGUUGCAGAUAUCGAAGGUUUACCGGAGGAACCAGCACCCUUAACAAACGAGGAUAUCAAGCUUGCUUCAAACUAUCUUAGAGGUACUAUUGUAGAAGGCUUGAGAGAUACGACUACCGGAGCUAUCUCUGCUUCCGACCAGCAGCUUACAAAGUUCCAUGGCACGUAUAUGCAAGACGAUCGAGAUAUUCGUGAUGCGCGAAAAGCCCAGGGGUUAGAACCUGCCUAUUCGUUCAUGAUCCGUUGUAGAUUGCCCGGUGGCGUGGCCACGCCAAAGCAAUGGAUCCAGAUGGAUGAUAUCAGCACGAGUCUCGGAAACGAGACCAUGAAGCUCACUACGAGACAAACAUUCCAGUUCCACGGUGUGGUGAAAGGAAAGCUUAAGCCAGCCAUGCAAGCUAUAAACAGGUCUCUAAUGACGACCAUUGCUGCCUGCGGCGAUGUCAACAGAAACGUCAUGUGCAGUUCUCUUCCCACUCAGUCUCAGUACCACAAGCAAGUCUGGGCUUGCUCGAAGACGAUUAGCGACCACCUUCUACCUUCUACAACUGCGUACCACGAGAUCUGGCUCACAGAUGACAACAAUGAAAAGACGCAGGUUGCUGGUAACGCAGUCCAAGACUUCGAACCUCUCUACGGACCCACCUAUCUCCCUCGAAAGUUUAAGAUUACGAUCGCCAUUCCACCGCACAACGACACGGAUGUUUAUGCUCAUGAUGUCGGCCUGAUUGCUAUUAAAGGUGACGAUGGUCAAUUGGAAGGUUUCAACGUUCUUGCCGGAGGAGGAAUGGGUGCAACCCACAAUAACAAGAAGACCUAUCCCCAGACCGGUCGUAUGAUGGGCUUCGUCAAGACUGAUGAGGUCCAUAUUGCUUGUGAGAAGAUUAUGCUGGUACAGCGUGAUCAUGGUGACCGCAAGAACCGAAAGCACGCUCGACUAAAGUAUACAAUCGACGAUCUCGGCGUCGACGUCUUCCGCUCUAAAGUUGAGGCCCUAUGGGGCAAGUCAUUCGAGCCAGAACGUCCAUUUCACUUCAAGAGUAACGUCGACACGUUCGGCUGGCAAAAAGAUGAGACUGGCAUGAACCAUUUCACAUUCUUUAUCGAAAACGGCCGAAUCGAGAACACUGCUGAUUUCCAGAUGAAGACUGGUUUGCGCGAAAUCGCCAAAGUCCACAAGGGCGAGUUCAGAUUGACGGGAAAUCAGCACUUGAUCCUCAGUAACGUUGCAGACGAAGAUCUUCCACAGAUGAAGGAACUUAUGAAGAAGUAUAAGUUAGACAAUGUCCAAUUCUCUGGAUUGCGUCUCAGCUCCUCGGCCUGUGUCGCCUUCCCUACUUGUGGUCUCGCUAUGGCUGAAAGUGAACGUUACCUACCCGAACUUAUCACCAAGCUCGAAGGUUGCCUCGAGGAGAACGGACUAGGCAAGGAGUCAAUCGUUAUGCGAAUGACAGGAUGUCCAAACGGUUGUGCUCGACCCUGGCUGGCAGAGGUUGCCUUUGUUGGCAAAGCCUAUGGCGCCUAUAAUAUGUACCUAGGCGGCGGAUACCAUGGGCAGCGGUUGAACAAGCUAUACCGAUCAAGCAUCAAGGAAGACGAGAUAUUAGCUAUCAUGAAGCCAUUACUGAAGCGCUAUGCCUUGGAACGCGAGGAGGGUGAGCACUUUGGCGAUUUCUGCAUCCGAGCAGGUGUCAUUGUAGCUACCAAGGGAGGGCAGGAUUUCCACGACAACGUUGCUGAAGAAGACUUCGAAGAAGAAUGA